AUGAAAGUACUAGGGAAACAAAAUGAGUCGGAAAAACGAAGUGUCAGGGAAUUGAUUAUCAGAACUUAUGAGUAUAAAUAUACCUUUUCAAAAGAGCAAAAAGAUUUUUUUCUUUACUAG